AUGAUUACGAUGGGCAGGAGGAAGCAGCAGCUGGUGAUGAUGACGAUAAUGAUCGUUAUUACGAUUGUUCUUAUGGCACUAAUCAGUGACGCGAAGAUCAUUAACAUUACGAACAAGUUGGGCAGCAAGAAGACGUUGAUAGUUCACUGUGAAUCCGUAGACGACGACCUCGGGGUCCUCGCCGUGAACUACGGCGACUUCUACCAUUGGGAUUUCGAGGACAGCUCCCUUUUCCGGCCGGUGGUUUUUUGGUGCCGCCUCGCGUUGGAAGACGGCCGUCUUUCCUUUGUGGCGUACAUUGAACAAGAAGGCGGUGGUGGGUACGCAGUCAUGGGGUACGAUGUCAACGAAACUGGGCUUUAUGGGCCUAACAUGUAUGAUGAGUGGAGGAAAUAUGAUUUGCUUCAUCCAUGGAAGCGAAUUCAGUUCCCUUGA